AUGCCUACGGUCGAGAUUCCUGGUGGAUGUCAUGGGGAGAGACUGAUCCCUCACAUUGUCGACGCCUACGCUCAUUCCAACCCAGAACGGGCGUAUGCAUUAGUGCCGUUAUACCUGGAUGGACGCAUGGAAUACCGAACAAUCACGAUGCGUGAUUUGUCUAAUGCCGUCAACCGUGCUGCCUGGUGGUUGAAAGAGAACUUGGGCCAGUCUACAGACUUUGAGACCCUUGCAUACAUGGGACCAGCAGACAUUCGCUACGGAAUAUUCUUUAUCGCUGCCAUCAAGGUCGGCUAUAAGUUUUUGGUGCCUUCAGCACGUAAUUCCGUGUCUGGCAAUGUGUCUUUGUUUGCAGCCUGUCAGUGCAAAAAAAUAGUUUGUGGCAACGACAUUGUGAAACGGCUCGGAGCAUUAGAAUCACAGAUAUUAGGUCUUCAGCACUUCGUUGUGGAAGAAUUGGAAGAUCUGCUAUCGUCAAAAUCCCCAAACUUUCCAUACAACAAAACGCAUGCUGAAGCUGUAAAGGAUCCGGUGCUCAUAUGUCAUACAUCAGGCUCAACAGGAGCUCCCAAGCCCAUCGUCCUUCCCAACGGUGCGUUCAGUGUCAUCGACAAUCAGCGCAAACUGUCGAAGAUCGAGGGCCGACAAAAUAUGGACUAUUCUUUAUUCGAUCUUGAUGGAAAUUACUUUGUGAAUACUUUCCCCGGAUUUCAUGUGGGCGGCAUGGUAGCCAUGGCGGCACUGCCGAUCUACUACAACACAGCAAUAGUAAUGGUGCCGCAUGACCAACCGGCAAAUGGUCAGUUGUUAGCUCAAGUGCUGUCACGAGUAAUAGCUCGCGCCAUCUUCUCGCCCCCAACGGUGAUCGAAGAGCUACUUGAAACGACCGAUGGGUCCAACAAGCUUGCCAAGCUCGACUUCAUCAUGUACGGAGGUGGUCCACUAUCUCCUAUGGCUGGCCAAAGUAUCAGCGAGUCUACUUUAUGCGUAUCAGUCAUCGGCUCUACUGAGUGUGGCAUAAUUCCGGCUCGGGUGCCUCCUAAGGAAGCAUGGAACUAUUUCGAGUUCCAUCCGGAAUACAAAGCAGAAAUGGUCCAUAUAGCCGACGACAUAUAUGAGCUAACGAUACCGAAUCCUCCUCAGAUGGCUUGGAUACAUACAAUUUACCACACCUUUCCUGAUGUUGAGGUAUGGCAUACCAACGAUCACUAUAAGCAGCAUCCAGAGAACUGUAAGUUAUUUACUUUCAGAGGUAGAGGCGACGAUGUUAUCGUGCUGAGCAACGGCGAGAAAUUCCAGCCUGUCACGGCAGAAAGCGUCGUGCAGAGCCACCCAGAUGUGGACGGGGCCCUUGUGGUAGGCACCGGCCGGUUUCAGCCUGUCCUGAUCAUCGAACCACGGAAACACCCAGAUGACCCUGAAAGACUUAUCAACAGCAUCUGGCCGGCCGUAGAAGCUGCCAAUAAAGAAUCUGCAGCUCACGGCAGGAUCUUUAAAGGUAAAGUCCUUCUUACCUCACCUGAGAAACCCUUCGUGAGAACCAGCAAGGGCACAAUCAUUCGUGCGAGAUCUGCCGCUUUAUACGAGGGAGAAGUGGAAGAGCUCUUUGCUGAGGCGGCCAAAAAUCCAGACAUUCGCGCUUUAUCGCAAGAAGAAGUGCAGAGCUUUGAUGCUCUCAGAAAAGCAGUGGGGCAAUAUAUCAGGCCUGUCAUACCAGACCUAUCACCAGACUCAGAUGGCGACGUCGAAGACUUUUUCAGCUUCGGAUUGGACUCAGUCCGGACCCUUGAGCUCUCAAAUGGACUUCGUGCUCUACUUCGGCCUCAUGUCACCUCUAAUGAUCUUACAGCUAUAUCUUCCAGACUCAUCUAUGCUUACCCUUCCAUCGAAACCCUUUCGAGGCAGCUGUGCAAACUUUUGCCAUCACAGGAUCUUGAAUCCACUGAUAAUACCUCGUCAGAGCGUUCGACUCGCAUGGCUGCAAUGCUCGAACGCUAUGCAGAUGAUCUACCAAAUAGGAGCCCGCUGCUGCCAGAAAACAAGGACGUAAGCCUUGUCCACGUCUAUGAUCACGGACAAGGAUUAUGUAUCGCCUUGACAGGUUCCACCGGCUCUUUAGGAUCCCAGCUCCUGUGUGCCCUUCUCGCUGACCGGAGAAUCGGAAGUGUGGUCUGCCUUAAUCGAGCAUAUGAUGGCCAACAGCGGACACUUCAGCGUUUAGGAGAGCUACGAACGACAAUUGAUAUGUCCAAGGUCGAGUUCUACAAGGUCGACUUUGAAUCGAUCAAGCUUGGUCUGCAGGAGGAUACUUAUCACGCUCUUCUGGCCAGAGUCGACGUAAUCGUCCACAAUGCGUGGAGAGUAGACUUUAACCAAGCACUUCAAUCCUUCGAACCUCAGAUACGCGGCGUUCGUCAUCUGAUCGACUGGGCAGCAAAUAGCGGCCGACGCCCACGUCUGUCGUUCGUAUCUUCAAUCUCGUCGGUCGCCCAAUGGUCAGAUUCAUACCCCAACAAGCAGGAAAUUCCUGAGAGCUCUUUGACAGAAGUCGACUACAAUGUGGCGCUGCCAAUGGGGUACGGGGAGUCCAAGCAUGUUGCUGAGCGUCUUCUUGCUAUUGCUGCAGACGUGGCCAGAAUCACUGUCGACGUGCUACGCCUUGGGCAAGUUGCAGGGCCAAUCUCACCGAACGCAGGCUCCUGGAAUAGAAGUGAAUGGUUUCCGGCACUCAUCGAGACAUCCAAAUCCACAAAUCGCAUACCAGACAGGCUGCCGGAAGUGAAUUGGGUGCCCGUGGAUGUGUUGGCUGGCAUUAUUGUCGACUUGCUCCAUCAUGAACACGGAGGUUGUAAGACCUUCAACCUACUGAACCCACAUACGCGGCCGUGGGAAGAGCUGACAUCCACUAUACAACGGAACAUUGGAGGUAAUGUGGUGCCAUUCAAAGCAUGGAUCCAGGACUUGCAAAGCGUCGACUCUUCGGACCCUUCUGAAGUGAAAUCUAAACCAGCGCUGAAAAUCUUGGACUGGUUCGUUGGCCUCGAACAGUCAAUGUCGUCUGGCAGGAGCCAACCAAGCUUCAGGACUGUCAACGGCAUUGAGGCGAGCAGGAUUAUGGCAGAGCUACAGCCGGUCAGUGACGCAUGGAUGGAGCAUUGGCUAAAG